AGACAUGAGCUCAUUUGAUUGGCAGAAUCGCCUGCACAACUCUGAGUCGCAUCACGGCUUGACCCAUUGCUGAAUAUGGAGCUCUGUGACCACUUUCCAACCGACUGGAGUCUACCAGUCGAACACGUGAGGUCAUUUUCAUGCACGGGUCACAUGAUCGAAUCAUGAUCAAAAAAAAAAAUCAAGCCCACUGUUUACAUGACGCGAGCGAGGUACACGCCAUAUCGAAUGGUUUCUGACAAGUAGCAAUGUCAGGAUGAUUCGAACGGACGAUCAGUUUUCGCCAUCAAUGAUCUUUCCGAUCAACUCAUAACUCACCUCUUGAACCAUGGAUCUAGAAGAGGGAUCGUCGAGCGCUGCAUCGAAUCCUCCAAAGCAAACUUCCUCCGUCCAUGACGUCAAAUCGGACAAGCCUCCUUGGGGAUCGCGGUUUCUGACGGAUGAAUCCGACGUGUGGUCUCGAAACGCAUGGGAUCACGUUCCGCCCCCGAAUGAACAAGAAGAGCUCAUCGCGGCAUCGCUCACCAAACAACGCAGUGCGCCUGUGCCAGAAGACAGAAAACACGAGUACAACGAUAAACCUGCUCGGCACUGGGACAACUUCUAUCGCCAUAACGCCAGCAAUUUCUUCCGAGAUCGGAAAUGGCUGCACAACGAGUUUCGUGAGUUGACCAGUGCUACGGCACCCGGCGUACGCAGCUUCUGGUCCCUCGUCCUUCGAGGUUUUGAUUAUCUGUGGCAGGCAGGAAAGACGUCGAUCGUGGAAGUUGGAUGUGGCGCCGGAAAUUCCGUCCUUCCACUUCUUUCGGCAAACCAGAACCCAGACCUCGAGAUACAUGCCUUCGAUUACUCGAGCCAUGCUGUGAAACUAGUCCAGCAACACGCACUGUAUUCGAACCCUCCCAUGGGCACAAUUCACGCUGCAGUGUGGGACCUGACAGCGGACUCGCUGCCAGAGAGCAUCGCACCCGGGAGCGCCGACAUUGUGAUCAUGGUUUUCGUGUUCAGUGCUCUACACCCCAAUGAAUGGCGGCAGGCGGUAUCGAAUGUGCACAAGAUUCUUAAACCCGGUGGCCUUGUCUUAUUCAGGGAUUAUGGCCGAUACGACAUGGCCCAACUGCGGUUCAAAACCGGGAGACUUCUCGACGAUAACUUCUACAUCCGAGGGGACAAGACCCGUGUGUACUUCUUUGAGCUCGACGAGCUUUCUCUGCUUUUCACGGGUGCUCGGCCCACGUUGGCAGCCGAAGUGAUAUCGACCACGAUGGACGAAGAUGACGCAGAAGAUUCUAUUUCUGAACAAGUUCCCGUUACUGCACAACCAGGCUCAGAGCCAAGGAUCCAUCCCAGUCUGUUGGCGUCGCCCCCAUCCAACCUUUUCACUGCAGUGCAACUAGGAGUAGACCGCCGGCUGUUGCUCAAUCGUAAGCGCCAGGUGAAGAUGUACAGAUGUUGGAUGCAGGCCAAAUUUCGUCGGGUCGAGUGACAUAGCAAGGCGGGGGGUCGCGAUAGGGAUGCGUGACUGCAAGGCAUGAAAAGUCAAGCAGG